UCUUUCUUUUUUUCUGGUCAUAUGAUUUUCGAAUGUUUUUCAUUGUUUGAUUUGAUUCGAUUUCGAUCCAAAAUAAUGUUGUUAUCAUCGUUACGUGGUAACCAUCAUUGGUUUUCCAUUAUUCGUAAUGUAACAGUCCUGAGAAUAAAUUCAUUUUGUUCAGCCAAUCAUCAAUCAACCGAACAAUUGAAACAACAACAACCAGAAGAAUCAUCAAAAAUCAAAAAUCUUCGUAAAAAAGUACAAGAAAAAAUCAAUGAAAUUGAUAGUGAACAAUUAAAAUCACCAAAUACACCGAUUGGUUUGAUGAAUCGUUCACCACAAUUGGAUCCAAAUUCAUCAUCAUCCAAUGAUUUAUUAGCUCGUCAACCAAAUCCUGUUUAUGAUCCAUUUCCAAAUGAUAAAAAUCCUGAAACAGGUGAAAUGAAUGGACCGACCGGUCCUGAACCAACUAGAUAUGGUGAUUGGGAACGUAAAGGUCGUUGUUCAGAUUUUUAAAAAAGAAACGAAAAAAGUAAAAAUAUUUUCAAAUGAAAUAUGACCAUAUUUAUUAUACAGUAUGUUAUGCUUUAUAA